AUGGUUCUGGAUCAAAUCGAUGCCGUUUUUAAGUAAGAAAUUAUUCAAAUCAGUUUUAUUGCAAUUUUAUCAUUUCCAGAGCGAUCGAUGAACAUCAGGAGGAAUUUAUCGAUCUGCUUCGCGAAUCGGUGGCCAUCCGUUCAGUUUCAGCAGAUCCGGCUCGUCGUGACGACUGCAUUCGUAUGAGUGAAUGGGCUCGUGACGUAAGUGAAAAAUUUAACAAUUUCCGCGAACAUGCCCUCAUUUUCUUAUCAAAAUAGCGUAUAAAAUGCACUUUUUCGCGUUAUCAUUGUCAGAAUGUGUAGUUCUAUGAUGCGCUGACCGAUAGAUUUUACAAGAAAUAGUCAGAAAGUUCAAAAAAUAACGGCACUUUCAGCAAUUGCGAACUCUUGGCGUCGAAACAUCGUUGUGGGAUUUGGGACAGCAAAAGUUGCAGUCCGGACAAGAAUUGCCCCUUCCACCGGCAGUUUUCGGUGUUUUUGGUACGUUUUACAGAAAAAUCAUGAAGGUUUUAUCAAACUCCCACAAAGAUGGCACUAAAAGCGAAGAGAACUGUAAUCCAGUCGAUAAUUUUCAGCAAUUCUGCCUGAGCUUCUUGAAAAAGCAUCAGUUUUCUAGCUUUGAACUAGUAUGCACUAUUUCUACACAGAGUUCGUCUAUAAUUGCCAACUUCAUCUCACAUUUUACACAGAUCAUUCCAAACUCCGGAUUUUUGAGUGCUUGAACAAUGAUCGUCUGAUUUUUAGUUAAACCCAACGAUGCCUGUCUGAUUUUAAGCGCAAGUUCUUAGUGUACUCUGUACCUCCUCUUCCAUCGCCUUCUCAACCUUAUCAUAUGCAAAUACACGGUCUUACAAAAGGGAAUUAAGGUGCGGACAAGUCGAAGAAGACGCUCUUGAUCUACGGACAUUUGGAUGUGCAGCCGGCGGAAAAGGAGGACGGAUGGAACACGGAUCCGUUCGAACUCACGGAAAUCGACGGAAAGCUGUACGGAAGAGGAUCGACGGACGACAAAGGACCAGUCAUCGCAUGGAUUGCCGUGCUGAAGGUACUCCAGAGAUUGGGCAUCGAACUGCCGAUCAAUAUCAAGUUUGUGCUUGAAUGCAUGGAAGAAUCGAGUUCCGAAGGCCUAGAUGCGGGUCUCGAGCGCAACAUCGACAAGAUUUCCGAUGUGACGUUCUCCUGCAUCUCGGAUAAUUAUUGGCUCGGAAGGAAUAAGCCGUGCUUGACAUAUGGAUUGAGGUUUGUUCGAGAAGCUAUAAUCCCUUCCUAAUGCGAUCUUAUUUUUCUUAUUUUUUCAGAGGAAUCUGUUACUAUUUCGUGGAAAUCUCGUGUGCCCGUCAAGACCUUCAUUCUGGCAUCAACGGCGGAUCGGUGCCGGAGGCGCUCAAUGAUCUGAUGUGGAUAAUGUCGCAGUUGGUGACCGUCGACGGGCAGAUCCUAAUUCCGGGAAUCGCGGAGCUCGUAGCGCCGUUGUCGAAGGACGAGGACGAUUUGUACGAUAAAAUUGAUUUUUCGGUGGAGACGUUCCAGAAUGAGACCGGAUCGCCGGGGCUGAUCAGCCACGAGAAAAAGGCUCUGCUCAUGAAUCGCUGGAGAUAUCCGUCGCUUUCCCUGCACGGCGUCGAGGGCGCGUUCAGCCAAUCCGGCGCCAAGACCGUCAUUCCGGCCAAAGUGAUCGGCAAAUUCUCGCUGCGAAUUGUGCCGCACAUGACGCCGGAAGCCACGGACAAACUCGUCAACACCUAUUUGGAGUCUCUGUGGGCGAAGAGAAAGUCGCCGAACACGUUCAAAGUGACUUCCGGACACGGGGGAAUGCCGUGGGUCGCCGACUUCCGUGACGCCAAUUUCUCGGCCGGAGCCAGAGCAAUUGAGAGAGGUUCUAAUAGAAACGGACAGAAAUCCUUCAACUUUUCCUAGUUUUUCAGUGUACGGAAUGACUCCGGAUUUCACGCGCGAAGGAGGAAGUAUCCCGGUGACGCUGACGAUUCAGGAUCUGACAAAGAGCCCGGUGAUGCUGCUGCCGAUCGGCGCGUCGGAUGAUAUGGCUCAUUCGCAGAACGAGAAGAUCAAUCGGGAGAACUUUGUGAAGGGAAUGAAGGUGCUCGCCGCCUACCUGUUCGAGCUGGCCGCCUAA